CGAAUGGCGGUGGUGUUUUGAGAGUGCGUGUGCGCAAUGACACGGGGAUAAAUGCGGAUUUUCUCCAGCGACUAUGUAGUGGAGAAUGAUGCGAUGUCAUUUCACAUUGGAAUGCGACAAGAGGAGCCCUAUGAAACACGGGACAGCAUGCAGCGACGCAAAUGAAGACAAACGAACCUUGGAGCUCGGGGGCCACGUGGGCUUCGACAGUCUUCCAGAUCAGUUGGUCAGCAAAUCAGUCACACGGGGCUUCAGCUUCAACAUCCUCUGCGUAGGGGAAACAGGGAUAGGCAAAUCCACAUUGAUGAACACACUUUUUAAUACGAGAUUUGAGAAUGAAGAGGCCAGUCACUACGAGAAAGAUGUGCUUCUACGACCACAUACGUAUGAAUUGCAGGAAAGCAAUGUCAACCUCAAGCUGACCAUCGUUCACACGAUCGGUUUUGGUGAUCAGAUCAACAAUGAAGAAAGCUAUAAACCCAUUGUGGACUACAUUGACACGCAGUAUGAGACAUACCUUGAAGAGGAGCUAAAAAUAAAACGCUCCCUGUCCAAUUUCCAUGACACGAGAAUCCACAUUUGUCUUUAUUUCAUCGCUCCCAACGGCCACUCCCUCAAGUCUCUGGAUCUCCUCACCAUGAAGAAGCUCGACAGCAAGGUGAACGUCAUCCCUGUCAUUGCUAAGGCAGACACUGUAUCCAGGAGUGAAUUGGACAAGUUAAAGAUCAAGAUCAUGAGUGAACUGGUCAGAAAUGGAGUGCAGAUAUACCAGUUUCCAACAGAGGAUGAGGCUGUGGCCGAAAUCAACUCUUCCAUGAAUACUCACCUACCAUUUGCUGUGGUCGGCAGUGUGGAAGACGUUAAAGUCGGCAAUAAAAUCGUCAAAGCAAGACUAUACCCCUGGGGUUCAGUACAGGUGGAGAAUGAGAACCAUUGUGAUUUUGUGAAGCUGAGGGAGAUGCUUCUGCGUGUGAACAUGGACGAUCUCCGUGAGCAAACGCACACUCGGCAUUAUGAACUUUACCGCCGCUGCAAGCUGGAAGAGAUGGGCUUCAAGGACACGGACCCCAACAGCCAGUCGUUCAGCCUACAGGAGACAUACAAAGGCAAGAGGAAGGAGUUCCUUCAAGAACUACAACACCAGGAGGAAACAAUGAGGCAGACGUUUGUCAACAAAGUAAAGGAGACUGAAGCAGAACUGAAAGAAAAGGAAAAAGAGCUCCACGAGAGGUUUGAGCAACUAAAACGGCUCCACCAGGAAGAAAAGAAGAACCUGGAGGAGAAACGACGGGAACUGGAGGAAGAGAUGAAUGCUUUUAACAGGAGGAAGGUUGCUGCAGAGACUCUGAUGGGCCAGGCUCUUCAAUGUGCUUCUCAGCCUUUCAAGAAGGACAAGGAUAAGAAGAAUUGAUUCACAGAACAAUCAUCCAGUGAAACCAUGAAUGUGUCUGCCAUCAGCGUUGAUAAAAGAGACAGUGGUGGUGUGUGAGCCUGAAUAUGAAUACGCCUGCUGUAAUCCACUGUUUACUUACCGAUGACAGCGCUAGCUCUGCUCACUGUAUUGAUGCUGACUCUGCGAGACACACAAAAACAAAUUAGUGGACUGUUUUCAAUACUUGCAGCUUCUGUUAUUUCGUGCUCUUGCCGUGAAUGUGUUGAAUUCUUUUUUCCAGUCAAAAAAAAAAACAAUGAGCUCAUCAAGAUGAAAACAUAUUUGUAAACUACAGUAUACAUUAUAUUAAUAUCAUAAUUUAACACUGGAACAGUGUUCAUAAUGUAAUUAGGAAUAUUUUUGAAUGAAUGUUUUAAUUGAAUGAGAUCCAAUAGAUGCAAUGAAUAUUAGGUCUACACUACACAACACUGUUUAAAUGCCAGGUUUUCAUUUUUGAUUUUAUAAAAAGUUAAAACAUUACACUACUCAUCACCAUUAGAGCACAAAAAUAUUUCCUUUUUUUAAAUGGAGUAAUCAAAUAUACUGUCAGAUCUAUUAAUUUAACAAUCAAAAAACAUAAACGUCAACCAGAAUAUUGCAAAAAAUCUGUUUGUUCAGUUUAGUUCAGUGCUGCAUCACUGCAAACCACAAUAAUUAGCACAUUGUUAAAACUUAUUUCACGGUGGUAAUCAAAAGUAAUCUUUCAAAAGGACAAUGCAAUCUUUACUAAGUGUAUCACAUAACAAAUGCUUCUUACUGCAGCUGUUUUCAUUGCAGAAAUUGACGCUGGCAUUGUAAUUUAUUAACAAGCGUGUCUUCAAAACAAUUAACUAAAGUGCAUCUUUGGCUUCACUAACAAAUAACAUGCAGUGGUUCAAUAUGUUGCUCAUGUCUUGUCUUUUCUUCUCAUAGCUUCUUUAGUCUUCCGUCUGCGUGCUCCUUAACCUCAUCCAGGAAUUUGAAUUAGAAGACUCUCUACUAACCUCGCCAGCAAGUAACAGACGGACAAGCAAGUGAAUUAUUUUUGACACUUGAAUGAGCACUUUUACAGAAAUGCACUUAAAUGGCUGAAAAUAUAUUGCUUCAAGUCUUCCUUGCGUGUUCUACACUCUGCUAUUUCGCCAAGAAUGUGCAUGACUUCCAACCAUCUCAAACUUCCUUUAACGGAAAAAGUUUUAAAUGUGCCCGUCCUUCAUUAACCAUGUAUUUUUGACAGAUUACACUGUGAAAUAAUACUGUACAUAAUACGGUAUAUUGAGUCUAUAUGCGAUCAUGAACGUAAAGAGCAUCUUGUCCUAUUCAUAGUUCAGAGUUAUAAUUGGAAAUGUGUGUUUUAGUAUGUUCCAAAGGGAUUCAAUAAAACAGCUCUGCAUCGAGACAUUACUAAUUAGCAAUUGCCAUUUGGCCACUUUUGCUUGAAAUGUAUAGUAAAAUAUUGGAAAAAUAUUUUAACAAUGACUAGAAACACUGUAGUGACAUCAUCAUAUGUACAAAGGUGAUUAAAAUUCGGCUAAAAUAAAAAUUUAUAUUGGACAGCAUUGAAAGAGCUGUUUUAUUGGAAUUAUUUUAUGAUGUGGCCAAUGAAUGUACGUUUUAUGGUGCUCGUGUAGUCGAGAUUGGUAUUAUAGUCAAAACAAGAAUAGUAAUUUGCACAGACACAAUAUUUAUAUGUCAAAUGAAAUGUUUGAUUCGUGUUGUCCAUUUUAUGUAAUAAAUACUAACUUUAUUGCA